AUGAUGCCCCAGUCCGACGCCCUGCGCCGCCAGCCGUCCGAUGACGCAGAUCGCAGGAAUCGCUUCGUCUCCGUCCAGCCCUCCGACCCCUCCGGCCCCGCCUCCCUCCGCGAGAGAGCAGCCAGCCAGCCCCCGCGCUCCUCCUCCCACCAGCCCUUCCUCUCCUCCCCGCAGGCCCACUCCCCCAGCCUCGGCCGCACCUCCGGCUCCCCGUGGCUGGUCCAGCAGCAGCAGCAGCAACGCUUCCCCUCCGCCCUCAGCCCCGGCACCUUCCAAGGCCUGCCCCAGUCCGUCCCCACCCGCAGCUCCUCCUUCUCCGCCACCUCCCUCCAGGGCAGCCUCUCCGCCCUCCGCGAGUCCCGCACAUUCGCCUCCACCUUCGAGGACGACGAGUCCGAGGCCAUGUCCGACACCUACGACGAGCGCUACCUCCCCCCCUCCCUCCCCGCCCGCGGCCGCUCCUACGCCGCGGACCUCACCCGCAGCCGCUCCCAGUCCCUCGCCACCACCCGGCCCGCCCCCAUCGGCAGCCAGAUUUACGCAUCUUCUGGCCUGGGCAGCUGGGCCGAGAGCGGUCUCGCGUCCAACCCCCUCAACAUCCCUGCCGGACCUCGCUACGCCGACCUCAAGCCCCCGGGCAGCAGCCGCUACGGCUCCCUCGGCACCCUCGCCCGCUCCCCCUCCAACGCCUUUUCCUCGUCCCCGUCCGGCCCCAUCCCCGUCGGCGGCAACACCUACGGCCACGGCCUCGGCGCCGCCGGUGGCGCCGGCAACGGCUACUCCAGCAUCGACAUCUCCAACAUGAGCCCCUUUGUGCGCGACGUCGGCCAGAUCCUGCUCGACGACGGCUCCGCCUUUCGCGAGCUCUGGGCGGGCAUGAACCCGCCCCGCGACGAGAACGGCGGCGGCGGGAGCGGCACGACCAGCCGCCGCCACAGCGUCAGCGUCGUCCAGCCGCGCCGCGGCAUCGUCGGCUUCCACGCGCCGGGCAUCGACAGCCCCGAGGAGCCCGCGCGCCCCUUCGCGCAGGCGGCGUACGGCCACGCGCGCAGCAGCGGCGGCGGCGGCGGCGGCGGCGGGCUGCUGCUCACGGACGAGGACCUCGCGGACGACCUCGGGCUCCUCAGUCUAGGCGCGAAAGACGGCCCCGGCCCCCUCGCGUCCGUCGCGCCCCCAAGCCAGCCGUUGUCCCUCCCGAUCUACGCGCCGCUCUCGCGCAGCCCGCCGUCGGCGUCGGAGCGCGCGGGCGCGGGGCUGUACUCCCCGCUGAACUUGUCCAUCCCGGGCGGGGGUGGCGGCGCGGGCGCGGGCGCGGGCGGGUUCUCGUCGGCAGCGGCGCGGCAGCAGCACGCGCGUGGGUCUCCGAGCGACCAGGGAAGCAGCCCGUCGCGCGGGCAGCGCGAAUAUGCGGCGGCGGAGUACUUUGGCGGCGGCGGCGGCGGCGGCGGCGCGGGGGACGGGAACUUGACGGCGCGGUUCAUCCCUGGCCAGGGCAUCCAGUAUCUGUCGCAGCAGGCGCUGAACGAGGGCCCCGUGUCGGGGUACGCGCGCGCGGCGCUCGCCGCGCCGAUCUCGCCUGGCGGCGCGCGGGGGAUGCACCACCAGCAGCAGCAGCACCAACAACAACAAAGCAUGUUCUCGUCGCCGAUCCAGCGGCGGCCCUCUGACGCGGGCGCGGGGCCGGGCGCGUACGCGCACGAGCUGGGCAAGGGCGUGCCGCUGCACGCCGUGCCGGCCUCGUGCCCGCUGUACAUCGUGGAGUUCAAGGCGGGGCGGACGGACCUGUUCUACGCGACGGAGGCGGGGCUGGACGUGCGCGCGGGGGACCUCGUGAUCGUGGAGGCGGACCGCGGGAAGGACUUGGGGACGGUGGUGAACGAUACGAUUACGCUUGCGCAGGUGGAGGCGUUUCAGCGGGAGCAGGUUGCGCGGGCGGGGUUUGGGAGUGGGGGUGCGGGUGGGGGAGGGGGAGGGGGAGAAGGAGGGGCGCCGUUGAGUCCUGGGGGGAGCGCGGGCGGGGCGGGGAAGAAGGAGAUCAAUCCGAAGAUGAUUUAUGGAAAGGCGCAGCCGCAGGACACGCAGCUGCUGGCGGCGAAGAUCCAGGACGAAAUGAAGGCGCUGCAGCUGUGCCAGACGAAAGUGCGCCAGAAGAAGCUGCCGAUGGAGGUCAUCGACGCGGAGUACCAGUGGGACCGGCGCAAGCUGACGUUUUAUUUCGUGGCGGAGAAGAGGAUCGAUUUUCGGGAGCUCGUGCGGGAGCUGUUUCGGUGCGCGGCUUCUCCCUCUCGUCGUCCGCAACUUGCGUCUGCGUUUGCUGACUCGUCCGGCGCGGGUGCGGCGUGCACGUGCAGGCUGUACAAGACGCGCAUCUGGAUGGCGUCGCUGCAGGGCCCCGCACGCGACUGGUUUGCGCCGGCCGAGCGCGCUGCGUUUUUCCUCCUCUGGUUUUGCCAUUUGGUCUCUGUUUCUUUCGCUCCCGCCGUCCUUCGCCACUUCACACACCUGCACGCCGCCACCACACCUGCCGCCACCACACCUGCCGCCACCACACCUGCCGUCAUCACACCUGCCGCCAUCACACCUGCCGCCUUCGCGCCGCCGCCGCCGCCGCCGCCAUGCCCGCCCACGCUGCCACGCCCACGCUGCCAAAGUGCCCACCGACUACGGCCGUCUCAACAUACAUACAGCCUAUCAAGACCCCUCCCUCCUUCUCCCUCGCCUCGUCGUCUCGCCUCGUCUUGCCUUGCGUAG